ACCGAGGCAUGUGCCCUGACCAGGGAAUUGAACUGUGACUUCCUGGUUCAUAGGUCGACACUCAACCACUGAGCCACACCAGCCAGGCCAGCCCAUUCUCUUUUAUGAGUGAAUCAAAGACAGUCUCAGAAACCUCUUGAGCAGGUUCCACUUAGACAUUAUUGAUCAGAAUUGGGCCACCCCCGCGGCCAUGGUGACUGGGGAAAGUGGGCAACGGGAUUUCUAAUAAACUGAAAGGACCGCCCAGGCUCUCUCAUGACAGACUGAGUGCCUUGCUACCCCCAAAUCAGUGCAUGUCAUCAAAGGAGGAGGUAAGGAAUGGGUACUGAAGGGUGACAGAAUAGGCCACCCCAAAAUAUGCCACUUAGGCAUAAGGAUUAUUUUGAGCUAAAGGCACAUAAAAAAAAUUUUUUUAAAAAAAUUUAAAAAACCCAGACACCCGAAGGGCAUUCCUAUCUAUUUUCUUCCAGAAAACAGGAGACAGAAACUGCCAUGUGAGAGAUGCUCUCCCUGUCCUGGGAGAAAGGACACAUUCUUCAAUGGGGAGUCAAAGCGCAGAGAACUCUGCACAAACAGGCCUUGUUAAAAUAACUCUAAUCUUCCUCCAGCCUCCUCUAUUUUAGUUACUUUUCUACAAUUGCCUCUCUGUAUCCAACCUAGGACAAAAGUGUUUAUGUUUGUCCACUUCUUCGGGUUUUCACUGUCUUAGGAGGGCUCUCGUGUCAUGGAAAACGUGUGUAAAUAUGCAUGCUUUUCACCUGUCAACCUGUCUCAUGUCAGGUGAAUUCUCAGGCCUGGCUGAAAAGCCCUAAGAGGGCAGAGGUAAAGUGUUGCCUCCCCUACAAUACCAAGUAGAGAGCCAGCAGAUUCUGCCACGGAGAUUUAUUCUCUCUGAGCUUCAAAGCUUCCGCGCACACGUCAGUUCCACGGCCACCACCGUAAGGCUUUUGUGGAGACAGGUGUCCACAUGUCCAUGUCUUCCUUAGACCAGCAGUUCUCAUCUCAGGCUGCACAUUAGAGACACCCAGGGAGCUUUUGAAAAAUACCAGUGCCCGGGCCCCUUCACAGACACUUUCAUUUAAUUGGUCCACGUGAAGCCCAGGCAGGACUCAUUUUUGAAAGCUCCCUCCCUAGGGACCCUAAUGUGCAGGCCGGGUUAACCACAGCCACAGAUCUGGGACCUUAGGAACAGCGUCUGCACAUCCUUUAGCAAGCACAGCGCUUGAAACAUGGGGCUCACAGGAAAUCCUCCCUGAAUGCAAGGCAGAGAAGAAUUUCUCUUCCAACCUUGUCAACCCUUGUGUACUAUCAUAGGUGUGGCUCCUCCUUCCUCUAGGUCUCCCCUUCGUACUGAGCACGGCAAUUAGCCGCCCUCCGUGAACCACAUCCAUGCUCCCGAUGGCCUCGCCUCUGUGCACAGACCGCUGCUCCUACAGCUGCUGUGCCGGGCAGCCCAGUCCCAACCUUUCCUGGCAGCUGCCUUAGUCUGAAAAGGAAGCAGCUCUCUCCAUCAGCAGCCAGGCUCAACUCUGGUGCCGGAGCUAACCACCCUGCCCAGUGUCAGAGAAGAGCCAUAGGAGGGGUAGUGUCCCACCGGCUUUCUCUCCCACCUGCAGCCAGAAUUCUGAAAUGGACACUGAAGUAUUUAUUCAAUGGCACAGCGCCUGGGCCAACAGACAAGCAACCCACAGACAAAGGUUGCGCUUCUCCUGCCCAAGCGUAGGAAAACGUAUCUUACCUGAUUCCUUGGACAAAUGUGUGAGAAAUGCCCUGUCGAUGUCACAAGAAUGAGUCAGUGCUCAGUACAUCCCCAGAGAUGACAUCAUCCGGUAUCCUUCCAUCUGAUUCUGUCCCCUGUUACGCUUCUGAAUGGCUUGGUCAAAGGGCACCUACACAGGGCCAGCUUUGUGGGCAUGUGACCUGUGCAGUUGCCCAGGGCGCCACACCUUGUGCUCAGAAGGGCCCUGUGCUUGCUUUUGCCAUCUGCUGUUGCUAUUGUGACAUAUGGAACAGUCUCUCAACAUGGGGCCCCAUUUUUUUAAAAUAUAUUUUUAUUGAUUUCAGAGAGGAAGGGAGAGGGAGAGAGACUGAAACAUCCACGAUGAGAGAGGAUCAUGGAUCGGCUGCCUCCUGCACACCCCGUACUGGGGAUCGAGCCCGAAUCCCGGGCAUGUGCCCUUGACCGGAAUCGAAUCUGGGACCUUUUGGUCUGCAGACUGACGCUCUAUCCACUGAGCCAAACCGGCUAGGGCGGGGGUCCCACAUAUUUAUUUUGCACUGGGUCCUGCGUUGUGUCCGAUCCUGGUCACCCAUAGUCUCUUACAAAAUCCAGCAAGGUUUUCCUUCUCAGGGAGUUCUCCACAGCAUAUGGCCGCAGCCUCUUCUGUGCAGAUGUCCAUGACACCCCACUCUUCCACUACCCAGUGAGCAUCAGGAGACGGUGGUACAAUGUGGUGGCUUGGGCUGCAAAUGAUGGGUGGGACGAAGAGGCCCUGGGGAAUAUUGUCCCAGCCCUCCUGGGCUCGUGGGCAUGACAGAGAGUUAAAAGUACCAACUUUGGAACCUAGUGUCUCAGCAAAGUGAGGGAACCGGAGUCAGCUCCAAUCCAGAACAUAAAAUCAGCAGGAAAACUUGUAGACAACCGUAUCUGACAGGCACCUUGAAGAACCCCUUCCAACUGCCAGAGGGGCCAUCUACCAACAGUGCAGAGAACAAACUAAAAUUGAACCACAGUGCUCCUUGCCAGGUAAGAGGGCUGGGCACCCUGUGAGGAGCAGAAAACGAAGUCCUUCAGGUGAGACACGUUUUCCAAGGAAAAGGCUGAGACAAGUUUGCUACAGGGUGCAGUAGCAGGGCAGAGACGGAGAGUGGGGGGAGGGAUGGAGUUGCAGGGAGCUGGAGGCAAUGGAUGUGAGAUUUAGCCCACCCAGUUCUGCCCACAGGUCAAGCGAGGAUACUUCUGCUGGGCCAGGCUCUGGGCAACGGAAGGGUCUCCUCCCCGGCUGAGAGAGGAGGGAUGGAAGAUGACAGCAGCAGGCCUUGGGAGGGGAGCCCGAGGCAGGGAAUGGAAAUGGCGCCUUGUCUCCCCAGGCAGAGUUCAUCAGGGUCCAGGAUCUGCCCUCUCUUGGCAUCGUCUAGCCAGGCCAUGGCUCAGGUAUCUGAUACCUGGGGCCCAGAGUCACAUGCCAGGAAACCCAAUACUCUUGGAUCCCAGCCCCCAACUUCCAGCAGCUAUGAGCAAGCAGGACUUCUGGAGAAGGAAGCGGGUCUCCAGAGCGGAGCAGCAGGGAGGCUACUUCCGGGAGGGGGGCAGCCCAGGAGAAGGCUCUCCCCCCAACAGAGUGCCAACUGGCCUUCUUGGUGCCUACCUGGCCCGCCUGGCAGCCACCAGAUCCUACUCCAUUCCAGGACUAUGCCAAUCGGCGGCCAUGCUCGCACCAGCCAGUUACCUCCUGUCCCUGCUGCUGGUGAUGGGCACAGGGGGUACCAUGCCCAGCCCCCAGGUACCUCCCCAGGGCUGCUACAUGGCAGAGGAAGCUGGUGAGCGGACAUUCCGCUGCAGCCAGGCAGGCCUGACUGCCGUGCCCACUGGCAUUCCCAACGACACCCGCAAGCUCUACCUGGAUGCCAACCGGCUAGCAUCGGUGCCAGCUGGUGCCUUCCAGCACCUGCCUGUUCUGGAGGAGCUGGAUCUGUCCCAUAAUGUCCUUGCCCACCUCUCAGGGGCUGCUUUCCAAGGCCUGGCGGGCACGCUGCGGCACCUCGACCUCUCUGCCAACCAGCUGGCUUCAGUGCCCGUGGAGGCCUUUGUGGGGCUGCAGAUCCAAGUGAACCUGUCUGCCAACCCAUGGCGCUGCGACUGUGCCCUCCAGGAGGUUCUCAGACAGGUGAGGCUGGCACCGGGCACUGGGACAGGCAUCGUGUGUGGCCCUGGAGCCCGACCAGACCUCGUGGGGCAGGAGUUUCUGCUGCUGGCAGGGGAGGAAGAGCUGUGUGGGGCGGGGCGGGGCGGGGCCCGGCGGAGCACAGACGUGGCCCUGCUGGUCACCAUGGGGGGCUGGCUGGCGCUGGUGGUGGCUUACCUGGCCCACUAUGUGUGGCAGAAUCGGGACGAGACCCGACGUCCCCUCAAGAGGGCCCCCGUGCUGCCGGUGCGCUCAGAGGACUCCUCCACCCUCAGCACAAUGGUCUGAUGGCCAGGUCCCCUCCCCUGGCCCUCAACCCACACUCUUUCCCCUGGGCUCUCUCUUGUCCCCUGACCCCCUCUGCCUCCUCUGCAGCGCCAUCCCAUUCCCCAAAUUCCACCCCCCUCCCUCCUCUGUCUCUCAUACACUCCUCAUCGCUCUUUCAGCCAACACCAUUAUUGGUGCCUGGAGUUUUGGGUGCCGACUCUGAGCCCAGAUUGUGCAAGACUCAAAGCUCCCGA